AUGGAAACUAACUCGACAAAUAUGUUGACAUCGUUAAAUUUUAUUAAAAAUGUACCACCUUCGGCAUACUACGUCCCGAAUUUUAUAACUGAUAAUGAAGAAGAGGAAUUAAUGAAGCAUGUUAGUUCAUGUCCAUUGCCUAAAUGGACCCAAUUGAGUAAUAGGAGAUUACAAAAUUGGGGUGGAAUUCCACAUCAAAAGGGGAUGAUUGCUGAAGAAAUACCAAAAUGGUUGAAAAAAUACAUGGACAGAAUAUCAUCAUUAAACAUUUUUAGCAAUGAUAAACUGCCGAAUCACGUUCUAAUUAAUGAAUAUUUAAGUGGUCAAGGGAUAAUGGGACAUACUGAUGGACCACUUUUUCACUCUAUUGUCACAACGAUAAGUUGUGGAUCUCACACACUUCUUGAGUUUACAAAACGCUUAGACACAGAAGAGAAUCAAAGACAAUUGAAACCAGAAUUUUCGUUCCUGCUUGAACGAAGAAGUCUCUUAGUUCUUCAAGAUACAUUAUAUCACGACUAUUUACACUCAAUAAGUGAGUGCAAUUAUGAUAUAAUUGAAUCAAGUUACAUACGCAAUUUAGAUUUAUGUUCAUUCAAAUAUGAAGAAAGUGAAAAACUUAAUCGUAAAACAAGAAUUUCAUUGACCAUACGUCAUGUGCCAAAAACAAGUAAACUAAAGCUUAAAUUUUAAUUUUAUAUAUUAUUUAAUAUAACGUUGAAAAUAUUUUUA